GGUGGGGGGCAACGGUAACGGAUCUAGCAGCAGAAGCCAUCGAAGACGGAGGAGGAGAGCACCACGAGGACAGGGUGCAAUGAGGAUUGCCGGAGGGGAAAAAGAAGCCGCUUGGAAUGCCACCAGGAAGAAGACGGCGGCCGAAACUAGGCCGUGCGCUGGUUGCUAGCUGAGCGAGUGAGCUGGUGGGCCGACCGAUUUGAGAAGGUCAGUCUUUCACUUCCCUUUUGGUCUCAUCAGAAUAAAAACGCGGGAACUGGCUCGCGCGAGGCACGCCAAAAACAACCCACCGAUGGAGCAGUGGCUGCCGCUGUUCCGCCACCUCCUCGCCUCCCCCGCCGCCAAUGCCGCCGCCUUCUCCUCCUCCUCCUCCAACUACCCCAACUCGCCUCCCCCGGCGGUCGCGCUCCUCCGCUUCCUCCUUUCCCCGGUGCCCACGCUCCCCGUCUCCGAUCCCCCGCCCAUCCUCUUCCAGACCCUCCCGCCCUUCCUCCAGUCACAGGCCCUCUCCUUCCUCUCCUCCUCCGCCGGCCUCCUCGACCCCCGCCUCGUCCGCUGCCUCGCUUCCCGCGUCCUCUACGCCCCGCCUGGCCGGCAAGACCUCUGGGCCCGCCGCGGCGCACGCUACCUGCUCGACGGAUUGCCCGAGGGGAAAGGCGUUCUUGGUGUUGCCUCCGAGGAGUUUCUAGAUGGGUUCCACGAGCCGCCACCGUGGCUUAGAGAAGCGGCGACGCUGGCGCGUCCUGUCCUGCCGUGGCUCCCUGUUGAUUGCUGGAGCGCGAUGACGAGUGGGACCCAUGGUGUUGGUGGAGGAGAUGAUUUGGACGAGCUUGGUUUGGAGACUUUGGUGCUGGAGCAAGACGAGGAUUCAGAGAUGCAGGAGGCUGGGUGCGCUCCACUUCUGUCUCUUCCAGCUCCUCCGCUUGGAAAUUCGGUCGUGCAGAGAGCACUGGCUCUGCAGAAGGAGAUUGUGAUGGUGGAGUCGGUUUUGGUGGCCCAGCGGGUGGCGAAAGAUUUGCAGGAUCUCUGUGUUGAGUCUGGGAACGCCGAGGCAGUGCUUAGCGUAGUAGAGCCAUGGCAAGCUGACGAUGACACUAUGAGGGUUCUGCUUUCAAAUUUAGUGCUUGAGGAUGAUAGGAUGCAUGGAAAAGGGCCAUCACUUGUGCUGUGUUCUGUUGUCCUACCAAUGUUACUCGAGCUUCAAAGACCAGCUUCGUCUGUUCUUCUUUCCGCAGCGUUGGAUCUCUGCAAACGCCACCCAGCUGCAGCACUGGAGGCUGUCCUCUUUCCACUGGUUCUAAGAAAGGGUGGGUUAAAUGUUCCCCAGUGUGAUGUGCUCACACGGAUUGUCAAGGAUUGCAUGCAUCCGUUGCAUGUCACUGCCUUCUGCCACAGGCUGCUUUCGGGGGAGGAGCGAGAGAGGAGACCAAUUUGUUUGCCUCAGCAUCACAAUAAUCUUGGUUGUCAUUUGGUCUGGACGGAGUAUCUCUUUGCACUAUUUUACCACAUUCUCAAUCAAGAUAUUCGCUUGACACCAAGCAUCAUUGGAGAGCUAAUUUCUGUGAUUGAUGAGAGGGCAUCAGAGUUUUCGAGGUCGCUAAAAUUUGGUAAUUUUCUGCUGUGCUUCGUGUCCAAGUGCUGGCAUGGAUGUAAGAUUCAGAGGGUUUUGCUCGAGAGAGCUGCUGAGAGAACCAACACCUUCCUGACUAAAGCUAUACUGGCGAAACUGCGGCCCGCGAGUUGAAGUGCUGCUUGUGAGUGUACAUUUCUGCUCAGAUUAGCUGAUGUUUGUAUUUUCUUGAAAGGGUUGAUUGUUUUGCUAGAAGUACUUCUAUGCAUGCUCACUGCUUUAAUACUCAAUGUUUGAAACAUACAGCUCUUAAGUUCAAGAAACCAUGGAAGACUGGUCAAAUAGACAAUCCCAAUGUAUUAGAUUCCUAAUCAAAGAAUGGGUAUAUUAUAUUAGAGUAUGAAGUGAAAAGGAACAAGGCUUGCUGAAACUUAAUUAUAUGUAUUGUAAACUAAAACUUAUGUGCCUAAUGCAAAUGUUUGUCUCGGCAGC